CAUCCGGUUUGAUUAAAUGCAGUGUUUUAUAGGGUUUUAGCGUGCUAUUCUCGUUUUUACCCUAUUAUUUGAAUAAAAUGGAUUGGCAAUUAACGUGUCGAGUAUGCCUGGAGACCGGCGACAUGGUUUCGCUCUUUGAUUGGGACGAAAACAAUGAACAACUAGGCGACAAGUACACUUAUUGCUGUGGCGUUGAGGUAUCGAAAAAUGAUUCUCUGCCGACGCUAAUAUGUUUGAACUGCGUGGAUCGACUUACAUUUGCUUAUCAGUUCAAGCAGCAGUGUUUGUCUUCCAACGAGACAUUGAAGGAAUGUUUGGAAGAGUUCGAGAGGAGUGCUAAUGCAAUCUCUGCAGCACCCACCACAUCCAAAGCUACGGAGACAGAAACAAUUACAAUAAAACAGGAGAAUGGAUUGUUAUUGCAAUAUGAGCUACCGGUGGAGCAUGAUCCCUCAUCACAGUGGUCACUGUCUGAUAAGUCACCACUUGCGGCCGUUGUCACUAAGGCACCAGGACCGAGGAAGAGAGGGCGGCCUAGGAAGUAUCCAAAUGAGCAAGGGCAAAUUGAUAUUUCCCCUUACAACCGCAAGAAGCCAAAGGCAGCCCAGAAAGAGCCAGAGUCGCUUACGUCACUGCUGGCGUCCGGGUCCCUGGAGUUAAAACAGGAGAUUGAUGCUGAGGAGGAUGAUGAACCAUUUGGUGGAGAUUAUCAAGAUGAUGACCCUGAUUUCAACCCUCAAGAGUCUGAGCCUGAACCCGAGGAAAAAAAGACACCAAGGAAACGCGGGCGUCCCCGCAAGUCGGAGGCCAAGGAGAAGCACACAGACGAGGGCGAUGGUGAAGAUGUGCUGUUGAAGGAAACCAUCAUGGCGUUCUCUGAGCCCAUCCCGGACCACAUCCUCAACCCCAGGCCUAAGAAGAAGUAUCCCAAGAAGCGAUACAACUAUGAGAAAACGCACACGUGUGAGACGUGUGGUGCGUCGUUCACAUCUAAUGCGUCGCUGCAGGCUCAUAUACGUCGGCAUUUAGGCAUCAAGCCGUUUGUAUGCAGUGUCUGCGGGUACUCUAGUGUGAUAGGCGAGGCAUUAAAACGACACAUGCUGAAGCAUACAGGGGAGAGGCCUUAUAAAUGCCGCAUCUGCGAACGACGCUUCGGCGACUACGGGACUAGACAGAAGCACGAAAGGUUGCACAUGGGCCUGCGGCCGUACCAAUGCAAGUUAUGCAGCAAAUCUUUUACGUAUUCCUACGUGUUGUCCAACCAUAUGCUGACACACACUGGCGAGAAGAAAUAUUCCUGCACCCCAUGCAACAAGAAGUUCACCAAGGCCCACCACCUCAAGUACCACAAUAAGGUGCACCACAAGGACCUGUACCUCCAACAGCAGGUGGCCGCUGAAGCCAAGAAGCUUCGGCAGCAUAUGACCAACACCGGCUUCACCGGAGUCAUAGCGGGGGAGAUCGUCGACGGCACGCUGCAGCUCAUACACGCCACUGAAGAAGAUGGCGAACAUGACACACAGAUGCAAGUGGUAGAGGAGCAAGAUGAAGGGGACAACGGAGACAAGGAGACGCAUCGCGCCGUCGCAGACAUGCAGGCGGUGGUUCUCGAUUCGGAGUUUUUGGAUGACGACAAAACCAACUGACAUACGAGGUCUAGUGGUGUGAAGAAAGUACCACUAUCUUUGGAUCCUAUAGAAUAAAUCAGCUUGAUUAUAUGACCUGCGGGCUUAGCACCGUAAGCGCGCGACUCUUUCUCGCCUAGAUAUCAGCCGCAGCGUGGCAUACGCGACGCGACAUAUAUCGCGAGCUUUGACGUACAUAACGUACUAGGAGGUACCACGUUUAUCUACGUAGAUAGCAUUCGCUGUUUUUAUGUAUUAACGUAUUAUCCAACAUUUUUUUUAGUUACUUUUUCACGUACAGACAUAAACACACGUCUGUAAUCCCUAACGGGGUAGGCAGAGUCACAAGUGAUCAAAGACAUCUUGCAGCCACUAUUGAUACUAUGUCCUAAGAGCUUGUACUUUUUCACGUGAGUCGUGAUAAAAUGUGCGUACAGCAUUUAUGUAUGUCGUAUAUGUUAAGGAUGUACAUAAGACUUAUUUCAAACUGAUUAUUCGUAUGCAUUCGUAGGAAUAUAUUGAUAGUUAACUUAAAAUCGUGAUAAUAAUUCUUACAUUAUGUAACAUGAGAAGUUACACGAAGAUUGCUUUGAUAUAUAUGCGUUUUUGUCGCGCAACUGUAGCGCUGUCACGUAUACAUACAUAUUUAAGUAGUGCGACAGAAGCGCUCCGAGCUAGCGGUCGCAGAUACGCCGCAUAGCGAUGGGUUUGCUACAAAAACGCCCAUAUGUGAAAGCGCUCUAAAGUCGUUUCGCCUCGACUGUAUUUUAAAAACAACUCGUUAUCCUUUUUAGUAUAAGUUAUAAGCACAUUAGGUAAUAGUUAUUAUAUAAAAUUAAAACAAAAUAUUUUUAAAAACACAGUCCUUUAUUCUUCAAUAUUGCUAACUAAAUAAUUAAGUUUUGUUUGGAAAUCAGCAUAAUCAAAAGUAAAACUCGAGGAGAUUCGUCCAAUCCCGUCAAUCUCGAAUGGGAUCUCGUCAUAUUAUGCUGUGGAUUGAUCCCGAAAAAUUAGGCGAGUUCUCGCGAGAAAGGGAUUGCAUUCUCCAGUGUUGGUAUUCUUAUUAUAACGUCCUUCACUGGCAGUUUGUCAAAAUAUGUCAAAAACUAAAAAUAGAACUCCAUGUAAACUGAAAUGAACUUAACACGUUGAACGCCGUGACAGACACCAUAUGCCUGGCGAUGGACUUACCCCCGGGUCCACGCCAAAAAUGUGAGAAUUGUCCAAAAAUCGUAGAGACUUUUUUGUAAAUAUUGUCUGGAAAUAACUAAAAAAUAAUAGGCCGCUUAAGGAAAACACGACCUACUCAUUCUUUUCCGAGAUGUCAAACGCCAGUGUCUACCAUUCGACAUCUGUCUCGCAACUCACUCGGCUAGACCAUGAAUUUUAGUCUGGCGUUCAACGUGUUAAUGAAAUUAAGUACUCACUUAUUUUGAAGUAUUUACCUUUAUCGUAAUUAUGUAAAUAUCACUAAAUAGUUAACACUAUGAUGUAAAAGGAUGUAUGGAAAAAUAUAUGUUAUCUCAUUUGAUGUUACUGUAUGUUAUGGAUAGUACUCGUACU